AGAGGCGCCUCUUGUUGUUCUUGGCCGAGUCGCCAGGGCCGAACCCAGGGAUUCCUCCCAGGCAACUGUCAGUGGUGUUAUUGAUUUUCUGAAAAGUCAUGUGAAUUUCCUGUGGCUUUCGUGUGUCCAGGCCAGCGGUUCCAGCACGAUGGACUACACCAAGAUGAGCAUGGACAUGGAAUCUGUCUUCAACUUAAAUAUCCUCGAUCAUCAGGCAUAUUACACACAAUUCCCAAUGGGAGUCGUGCCUCAGCUGCCUCCGGCGGACGCCCGCAUUGACUCCGCACCACUAAUCAUUCCCAAAGUGGAGAUUUACGAGCCACCACCGCCCCCAGAACGGUCACAGCAGAUGCCACACCAGGGCAGCCCGCCGAUGUCCCAGCAGCCGCAUGAGGAUCAAAGUAGCCCGCCGGCGAGUAGUUAUCAGUGUCCGCACUGUUUCAAGGUGCUCAAGAGCAUAAAGACGUACAAGAGUCACCUUAAGAGUCACACAGAUACCCGGGCAGGAACACCCGGACAACCACCACCACCGGAAAUUGAAUCGAAACAAUGGAGUGUCUGCAACUACUGCAACAAAGUCUUCUAUGAUCCAAAUCUUCUGAAGCAGCAUAUAGCAACGCACACGAAGGACCAAUUGCACAAAUGCCAAUUUUGCUAUAAAUCCUUCCCGGAGAAAGUUCACCUAACGCAACACCUGAAGGAGCACCAGGACCUGAAGGACUACAAAUGCUUGAACUGCAACAAGACCUUUGCAUCCCUCAACUACCUGAAGCUCCACUUCAAGAUGCAUGCAGAUGAGAAACCCUACAAAUGCAACUACUGCGACAAACGCUUCACGUUCUCCAGCAACCUCACGGUUCACACUCGCAUUCACACGGGGCAUAAGCCCUAUCGGUGCGUCGAAUGCAACAAAUGCUUCACGCAGAUCAACAGUCUCAAGCAGCAUCACAAGGUUCACAAGGACGAAAAGAAUGAAAAGUGCUCAUUUUGCCCAAAAACCUUUCGAUAUGCCGGGAAUCUCAUCACGCACAUCCGGACACAUACCGGCGAGAAGCCCUACCGAUGUGAAUUCUGUGGGAAGAACUUCUCACAGUUGGGAAGUUUAAAGGGUCACCUGAAGCAGGAAAAAGCUCGACUGGGUAUUCACGAGUGAAGAGAGUUUCUUUUUUUUUAACAUCCUCUUUCACUGGCACAAAUUAGCCAGAGUUCGAGCAUCUUCCCCAUCCUACUUCCUCUUCCCAAGAAAACAAAAAACAAAAAAACUCAAAUCUCUAUCCUUACGUCUUAAAAGUGUAAAAUCAGAAUUGUAAAACAACCACUUACAUUAGAAGUUAUAUUGUGUAAUUUAAAUUAUAAGUUUUUGUCGUAAUAUUUUACCACUAAAACAAUGAGUAGAUCUUAUAGUCUCUAAAACUGACUAAUAAAUUUUAAGUGCCACUAGAAAA